AAUUUUUUUAUUUGAAAAAACCAAAAACCAAAAAAAAGAAAGAAAGAACAUCAGGCUUAUUAAAAUCCCCACCCUCUCUGGGGAUUCUUUCUUCUUCCUCACUUUCCUCUCAGCAUCUCCUCUCCAUUUCCCAUUUUUUAAAAUCUCAGAUCUAAAAAUUACAACUACAAGAUGAUGCACAUGACCUUUUAUUGGGGCCGGAGGGUGACCCUCUUCUUCAGCUCCUGGCAAACCGAUUCAUGGCUCGGCUACGCGCUCACCUUACUCGCCUGCCUACUCGCCGCCGCUUUCUACCAGUUCCUGGAAGAUCGCCGGCUGAAAUUGAUUCGCUACGCGGUUGCCGCGAAGAAAGUAUCUCCGGGAGCGCCGGUUGAAGCGCCUCUCCUGCAUAAGACUGCCGUGGCCGGAGGAGAUAAAUGGUGGUCGCCGGUGAAGGUCUUCGGAGCCUUGCUUUUCGGGAUCAACGCAUCGCUGGGUUACAUGUUGAUGCUGGCUGUCAUGUCGUUUAAUGGAGGCGUGUUCUUGGCCAUCGUUUUUGGGCUGACGAUCGGAUACUUGGCGUUCCGGAGCCCCGAUGAUCAGGAAACGGUGGUGAUUGUUGAUAAUCCUUGCGCUUGUGCUUGAGGAAAAAGAAAAUGGAAAUUGAGACGGAGGCGAGGAUUCAUCUGUUUUGUUAUAUAUAUGUUAUGGUAUUUAUGUUUGUAUGUGCAAAUUAUCUAUUAUGUAGUUUUGUGUUUGGAAAGCUAAAGAAACAAUGUUGAAAUCUCAAUUUGUGAUGUAGUUGGGAACAGAUAUGUUUUGGGAAUUCAGGAGAUAAUUCCUUUCAGAGAA